AUGGACACCGCAGACCUCCACCAUGCGCCUUCCACGGUGGUGGAGUCUGGCGAGGAGGAUUACCCGCCGGUGCAUACCUUUGAGGAAGCCAAAUACGUUUGUUUCAUGGAGUCCAGGAAGCUCUGGAUGAUUGCAGGUCCAAUAGCCUUUAAUAUUCUGUGCAAUUAUGGGGUUAACUCUUUCACAAAUAUCUUCGCUGGCCAUCUUGGAAACAUCGAGCUGUCUGCGGUUGCAAUUUCUCUCUCUGUCAUUGCAAACUUCUCCUUCGGUUUCUUGCUAGGUAUGGGAAGUGCACUGGAAACGCUAUGCGGGCAGGCAUUUGGCGCAGGCCAAGUAUUCAUGCUGGGAGUUUACCUGCAGCGCUCAUGGAUAAUCCUAUUUGCGUCCUGCUUCGUUCUUUUGCCCCUCUACUUAUUCGCAACACCGAUCCUAAAGCUCCUCGGGCAACAGCCUCACAUUGCAGAACUUGCAGGAAGUUUUACCAUCCAAGUAAUACCUCAAAUGUUUUCGCUGGCAAUCAACUUCCCGACCCAGAAGUUCUUGCAGGCUCAAAGCAAGGUUGGAAUUCUGGCCUGGAUCGGUCUUGUGGCCUUAAUUGUGCACAUUAUGGAACUCUACCUCUUUGUCAAAGUGUUCAAAUGGGGCUUGACUGGUGCUGCUGCGGCGUACAACAUCUCAGCUUGGGGGAUUGCUUUGGCUCAGGUGGUUUAUGUGGUGGGUUGGUGCAAGGAUGGGUGGAAGGGUCUGUCUUGGCUGGCCUUCAAGGAGAUUUGGGCCUUUGUCAGGCUCUCCAUUGCCUCUGCCGUCAUGCUUUGCCUUGAGAUUUGGUAUUUCAUGACUAUAAUUGUUCUCACUGGCCACCUUGCUGAUCCCGUUAUUGCAGUUGGAUCCCUUUCUAUCUGUAUGAAUGUAAAUGGUUGGGAGGGCAUGCUGUUCAUUGGGAUCAAUGCAGCUAUAAGCGUUCGGGUUUCGAAUGAACUUGGGUCGGCACAUCCCCGGGCAGCCAAAUACUCUGUCAUCGUCACAGUCAUCGAGUCUCUCAUUAUAGGGAUUCUAAGCAUGGUUAUCAUCUUGGCAACUAGGCACCACUUUGCCAUUAUAUUCACAGACAGCAAGGAGAUGCAAGACGCUGUUGCUCACUUAGCCUACCUUCUGGGCAUGACCAUGUUGCUUAACAGCGUUCAGCCAGUUAUAUCAGGUGUUGCUGUUGGUGGAGGAUGGCAAGCACUGGUGGCUUAUAUUAAUUUGACUUGUUACUACGUUUUUGGGCUCCCUCUUGGGUUCCUUCUGGGUUACAAAGCAAAGUUAGGUGUGGAGGGAAUCUGGAUCGGUAUGAUCGCUGGGACUUUUCUGCAAACCUUGAUCCUUCUGUACAUCGUUUGGAAGACCAACUGGAAAGAGGAGGUAGAACAAGCAUCAGAAAGGAUGCGGAGAUGGGGCGGGGGGCAGGACGAAGGAUCUUCGCAGAAAGUAGAGUCCUUUUGA